AUUUUGCUUAUUGGAGUCUCUUCGAGGAAACAUAGAGGCGUCAGCUGCAAAUCGUUGCUAUUCUGGCUGUUUUUUCUGAUUUCUUGUCUUCUUUCUUCUUCCUCAUCGCCAUACUCUCUCUCUCUCUCUCUCUCUCUCUCUCUCUCUCUCCACCCGCUCGCUAGUUGCAUAUCUGUUCGAUUCGAAAUUAGUUUUCAGUUUGAAAGCCUAAACUCUGGUUCUUCAAUGAAACAGGGCGUAGAGGUCCCUCUGAACCAACUAGGGUUCAACUUUUGAAUCUUCGAAAUCCCAUUUCCAUGUCGUUGUACUCGUUCGAGUGCUGAUGGCGGCGGCGUAUCCACAACCACUUCAAGUUCGUCCCUCGUUCGAGGAUCGCUUGGCCUUGCAUGUCGACGAGGACGAGGACGGAGAGUACGAGGAGGCCGACGGCGGCGACGGUGAUAUGGACGAGGCCGACGUUCACACGAUUUCGGCUAAUCAACCCGACCGCCGCGACCGAAGAGGCGGGGGUGUGGCGGCGGCGACAUCUCGGACUAGUGAGCUGACUCUCGCUUUCGAAGGGGAGGUCUUUGUGUUCCCCACUGUAACACCAGAAAAGGUGCAAGCAGUGCUCAUGCUUCUAGGAGGAUGCGAAAUACCAACUGGAGUCCCCACAGUUGAUAUUCCACUUUGUCAAAGGAACCAGGGUGUGGAUGAUAACCCAAAGCAUGCAAAACUUUCACGUAGACUCGCCUCCCUGGUCAGGUUUCGUGAGAAACGGAAGGAAAGAUGCUUUGACAAGAAAAUCAGGUACACCGUGCGAAAGGAGGUUGCUCAAAGGAUGUACCGUAAGAAUGGUCAGUUUGCUUCAUUGAAAGAUAAUUCAGGGUCUUCUCUGUGGGAUACUCCGAAUAGUUGCCUUCAAGGAGAUGGCACACCUCAACCAUCUCCUCAAUCAGAAACUGUUGUUCGAAGAUGUCAACAUUGUGGUGUUGGUGAAAAUUCUACCCCUGCCAUGCGACGUGGCCCAGCUGGACCAAGAACACUCUGCAAUGCAUGUGGGCUUAUGUGGGCAAACAAGGGAACCCUGAGAGAUCUGAACAAGGGGGGGAGGAAUAUUUCUUUGGACCUCAUAGAACCGGAAGUACCUAACGACAUUAAGCCUUCAAUCAUGGAAGGAGAAGAUUUUUCUGGAAACCAUGGUGAUCCUGGAACACCUGCAGAUCUUUCUGCAGCUAUAAAAGGAAGAAUGGAAAAACCUUCUGUCAGUCCAGACGAGGAAGAUUCUUGUGGAAAUGCUGAAGAUACAGAUAGCUUGCCAGCGGGGAUAGUUGAUUCUUUCCACAGUCUUGAUGAACAGGAAACUCUUCUUGAGUUUGCAAGUGCUUCAGAAACUGAGAUUGACAUCCCUCCUAACUUUAUCUAGUAGGAUAGAACAUUGUACAGCUCCCCUUUGAAGGGAAGAGGAAGCAGUAACUCUCAGCUCUCUCUCAGAGAGAGGUACACUGCUGGUUCUGCCACACCUGUCGUUAGAACAUCUGAGGAGUGCUUAUUGUGUAUUUAUUAGUAGAUCUUUUUAGGUUUUGGGAAAGUGAUUGUUAGAAUUCGUUCAUAACAGAGUUGUUGGGAGAUGGUGUUUCAAGCACCUUAACAUGUUCCGUAUAUGUUGCCAUUUUUCUAGGGCUUUUCCUUGUUGGAAUAGUUGAAUUCUUUUCCCUUAAUCUAGUUUUAGUGUUGCUCAA